AUACAAACUGUCCAGUAGGUUGACAUCCACUACAUCCGCGGUGCACGUUAAGGCUUUCCCGCACUGAUAAAAAGAACCAGAGGCUCCAAUGUAAUCUGACAAUCAAUCGUUUAUCGUUAUCCAUUCCGACCUCAUUUCAAAUUACCUCUUUGUAUCCCGAAAACAUCCUCGAAAGAGGUCAAAGCAAUGGCGUCGGCGGUAUCGGCAACAUCGGGAGUGUUUUCUGGAAACACUUUUUGCUUACGUAGAACAGAUUGUUGUAAUUUAAGGAGAUCGUUGUCAGUAUCGUCUUGGAGGACCAAGGCGGUGUCGGAGCUGGGGUUCGUGACCUCGCAAUUGGGUGGCCUCAAAAUCUCGUACAACCACCGUGACGCUGCCCAACCCUUCUCCACCCCUUCCACACCUCAACUUCUUCAACCUAUUGUUUCCCGUAGGAUAUGUCCCUUCACUGGGAAGAAGGCUAAUAGAGCAAACAAGGUUUCGUUCUCAAAUCAUAAGACAAAGAAGUUGCAGUUUGUGAACCUACAGUACAAGAGGGUCUGGUGGGAAGCUGGUAAGCGCUAUGUCAAACUGCGGUUAUCAACCAAGGCAUUGAAAACCAUAGAGAAGAAUGGCCUGGAUGCUGUUGCUAAGAAGGCUGGAAUAGAUCUUCGCAAGGAGUAAUAUGUGGCCAUUAUACAUUUGAUCUCUUUUUGACAAAAAAGCCUUUGGCUGUGUUUAUGAAGUGUGUUAAGUUCCUUCAUUUUGCUUAUAUAUAUUCUUAAAAAAAUGUUGCUUUUCUGUUAGAUCUUCUGUUUGAAUGAACAGUUUUCUUUGUUGUAA